AUGGCAGGCGCUCCAAGCGCAGUACUGGGCGGUGCCGCGCCUCCACCUCCGGCCUGGCUCAGCGCUGGCUGGGAAAGCGGCCCGACCUCUCUCGGUGGGAGAGGAGCAUCCGAGGCAGCGAGCUGGGCCCUGCCCUCCGCUUCGGCCAUACCGGGAGCCGCAGGCCCCAGCGGCGGCCUCCGCCCAGUAGGGGGCGCGCGCGGCCUCUCGGCCGCGCCUCCGCCACCCCCGUUCGCUCGCCUUCACGGCUCCGCGCGCCCUGUGCGUGCCGAGCCGCCACCGCCGAGUGGCAGGAUAGUCACUACUCCGGAGAGAAUCAGAACAAUGUCCUACGUUUUUGUAAACGACUCUUCCCAGACAAAUGUGCCGCUGCUGCAGGCUUGUAUUGAUGGAGAUUUUAACUAUUCCAAACGACUGUUAGAGAGUGGUUUCGACCCAAACAUUCGUGACAGUCGAGGCCGAACUGGCCUUCACCUUGCUGCAGCCAGAGGAAAUGUGGACAUCUGUCAGCUCUUGCAUAAAUUUGGUGCUGACCUGCUAGCCACUGAUUAUCAAGGUAACACAGCCCUUCAUCUGUGUGGACAUGUGGAUACCAUCCAGUUCCUAGUUUCUAAUGGACUUAAAAUUGAUAUUUGCAAUCACCAAGGUGCAACACCACUUGUUCUUGCAAAACGAAGGGGUGUGAAUAAAGAUGUGAUUAGACUGCUGGAAUCUUUAGAGGAGCAAGAGGUGAAAGGAUUUAACAGAGGAGCUCACUCAAAGCUGGAAACGAUGCAAACUGCUGAAAGCGAAAGCCUCCAAAAAAGAAAUAUUCUACCACUUAUCACAAAGCCAAAGGGAAAAUGGGGUGAAAUGCAAAAUGCCAGUACCACAGGCUAACCUAACAUCCUUUUGAUAAGAUCGAUUGUCUAUGGAAGGAGGGGAUAGCAGACUUUUCAUCUGUCUGAACUUGAAUAAAGGAUUUGAUAUGGUGCCAUGUAUGAAAUUUCUAUCGGUAGUAGUCGUGGAAAAAAAUCAAGAAUUAAAUAAGAAUUUCAUGGUGGCUAAAGAGAUAGCUAAAGGAGAACUGAAGAUCUCAGGAAAAUUACAGGCAGUUUCAGGGAAAUUAUUGGGUUAGACGGAAGUUACUAACAAAUUCCUCAAGGGCUGGUUCUGAGACUGUGCUUGCUUACAAUUUUCAUAAAUGAUACUGGCAUAGAAAGGAGUAGCAUGUUAGUGAUACUACAAAGUGAGAUAGAGGCAACCCAGAGGAAAAUUGGAAUGGCAUAGACAAAAACCUGGGAUGACAACGGAGAGGAAAUUAGUAGGAAUAAAUAGUGAUUCAGCAGCACAAAGUGCAACUUCAUUUACCUAAAGCUGUAUGCCAUAAAAUGGAAGUUCCUCAGUGGAAAACAAGGGUUUGGGAAAAAAGGCUGGAUCUAUUAGUCAGUUCCAGGAGUUGGUGCUACCCUGAAAAAGGCAAUGAAGUCCUAGAACGUGCAAAAUGAGAUAUUUCCACUACAUAAAGAAAACUGUCAGUGCCAUUGCAAAAAGCAACGGUAGCUUCUGCUGUGUAGUACGUUUUAUAAUGCUGUUUAGCCCCAUUCAAAAAAAUGUAAUUAAUCCUUUAAGAAGCGUGGAGAAGCAUUGCUUCAGCGAUGAAGGGAACAGAGCGUCUCCUUGCGAAAGGAGGCAACUAGAGCUCGUUUUAGCCUGGCAGAGUGAAGGCUGAGAUGUGUGUGGUUGCCGACAAGAAAUACUGGUUUUGAACAAUGUAAAAUAACAGUUUAAGACAAUAGAAGAUGAUAGCACAAGGGCCAAAGGAUACAAAUAAACCACAAAUAUUUUUUGGAUUGAAAAUUGGGAGUGGUUUUUUUACAGUGAGCUUCCAAGACAACCUUCUUGUAGGAUUUAGAUGAGGCAAGAAGCUUUGCAAGUUUCAAAGGAGGCUAAUUCUCUUGCAGAAAUCAUUGAAUUGCCAGUAAACAUGGCAGAACAUGGGAUUGGUAUUAAUAAUGCAAGAGAUCUAUCCAGUACUGGUUUGGUUUUUAAUUUACAUUGGAAACAGGAUAUCAACAUUGUUUGGAAUACUUGCUCUUACACUGAAUUUAUUCAAGUAUGUAAUUUUUUAGAUUGUCUAAUAAUGAUCAUGAACCGUGACUGCUGGAACAUUAUAUCACAAAAACCAGGGAGUUUUGUCACAUAAUUCUUGUUCAGUUUGUGUUAAAAUGUACACAACCUUUACUGUAAAUGAAAAUUAAACUGUGUAGAUGGAGUUGUUAUCUAAAUUGAGUAAACAGAAAAAGUGAAACCAAAAUCACAGAAAUGCAAAAUACUCCCAUUGAGCAGAUUGGAAGUUCUUUGUUAUACAUCAGGUGAUCCCACUCAUUAGAGAGACUGUUUUAAGCCUUGAAAUAGAAAAUUUAAUAUUAUUCUCAAAAUUACGUGGGUAUAAAUUAUAAGAAUUUGUGCAUAUUAGCAUUCUGACUUAACUAAAUUCUACUGAAAGUUGCUUGUCACACAGAAAUGCAUUUAUGCUGGUUUUAUUUAAACAUAUGGACCAACAGCUCAGCCCCAUUUAAAUUCCGAUCUUUGAUUUGAUAGUGUCCCUUUAAUGAACAUAGCUUCCUUUCUGUUAUUUGACCUUCAUAAAUGUUAUAUUGUUUGCUUUGGCGAGGAAGUCAGCAACUCUCCUUGGGGAGAGGCACAGAGACAUAAACAGCGCACUACCCAGCUUGUUUGUGAACAUGUUUAAAAUGUCUGAAAUAUGUUACUUUUAAAAUAACAAAUAACAGAUGCCUACAGCAGCAAAAGCAAGCUAGCUUGUGUGCUGUUUGUUUUGUAAAUAAAUAAUGUCUUUCUAACAGUUGGCUUUUCAGACCUCCACAGUUUCAUUCCUCCCUCUUGGUAUUAUUUGCACAUUUUAGAAGCGCUUAGAUGAAUGUCUUCUCUCUUCUCCCCCCUCCCCGACUCUCUUACAUUAUGUAUGAACCUAUGGAGAAAUAAUGGUUGCUCUUUCUGAAAACGUCUCUGACUUAAGUUUUCUGCUCCUUAUUACAUACAGUUGCUGGUGCUCUGGAACCAGAGGCUAAAGCUAGGUUAGCAAGUCAAAUUUAUUUUCUCUUGUGUUGCACUCCUCCUAGUGAGGAGCGGCACUGUGCUGUCCGGAGGCCGAGCUGGCUCUGUCUGUCUUUCAGCACAGACGAUCUGUCCAUCUACACAGCCCAGUGUGACCUGUGACUGUGCCUACUAGUUGCGUUGUUUCCACAUUGUGUUGGAAACAGAAGAGAACAUCUGUCAGGGCUACGUGGCACAAACUCUUCUGUAGGAUGUAUUGCUGCAUUGCCAUUUCUUAAGCAGCUGUAAUUUGUAAUAAGAAAAAAUGUCUUGAAUAACGUUGAUUUUAAUUGGGUUGUAAUAUAACAUAGCAAAAGUGUUUUCUAUGUACCCUUUUCUAUUUAGUGAACGAACAUGUGAUCUUUUCAUUUAAAUUGCAUUGCACCUUUAUUUAACCUCUCUGUGGUUAUGUAUUAACUAGUUAGUACUCAAUGAGUGAGCAGUUCUGUUCUACACCAAUGGCUGUCUUUUAUUAAACCCUUUGUUUUGCUUGAGAAAUCAUAAUAAGCAAGGAAGAUGACAAAAUCCUGCAGUUAUGGGCAAGCAAAAAUAGCUUUGCAGCAAGGUAAAUACUUAAAACACAAAAAUACAAGCUGUUUAACAGGUAAUUUCUGAAGUCUUCUGCACGUGAUGCUGCAAUACUUCAGCAAGCUAUGGGAGUUUAGGCUAAUUAUUCUUCAGUGGCUGUACUUCCUAAGAAAAAAUACCAUGUAAACAGUGUGAUUUUUUUUUUCCGUGGUGUAAUCUUAGAAGAGAGAUUCAUAAAUAAGACCUUUUUCUGAUAACAAUCAUUUGUCAAUUUAUUAUCGUCACCAAGAACAAUAGCACUUCUACAAUUAGUUUUGACUUGGAAAUUACUUUUCCCUGAAAUGUUUUCUUUUCUUAUUGCUGUAAGAGAUAUCUAGGAAUAUGAUAACUGCAAGCAAUUAGAAGGGAGGAAAAAAAAAUGCCUUUUCUAUGCUUACCUUCUGCUAUUGACAUCAUUGUGUACGUAGUUGGUUUCACCAUUUCCGUUCCCUGCUUGUCGGAGCCUGAUCCUGUAAACACCUGUGUGUGUAAUUUCACUCAAGUGAGAAAUAGUAGUAGGACUGUGCAGAUGGCUAAAAUUUUACAUAAGUGAAAUCAAGUGAUGAGAAAGUUUUCCUGUUCUUCGUGAGGUUUUUCAUACAGCAACAGAGAAAGUUUCCGGUUAUAAACCGAUUGUGAAACUAGCAAAAUUGAGAGGCUGAUACAAGAAGCUAUGCAGUAUUUGAAACAACUUACAUUUUUUUAUAAGGCGAUUCAUUGUAGACAUGACUGCCUCAUUCUAAUUUUGUAUUUGUUGCUCAUUUAAAAGUGAGAGUUCCAGUCCCUAAUUUAUCAUCUGACAAUUUAAGGGGGCCUGAUGGAUUGGUAGUGGAAUGUUAAAACAUCAAAGCAGUUGCUGAACACCAUAUGGCAGCAAACACAGCAAUGCCAACUUGUUUCGAAGAUCAGAAAGUUUCUGAAGUUCUUGUUACCCAAAUUUAUUGUUUUCUGUGAUAUUUUUAUGCUGGAGAAGAGGCCUCUGUAACAAAGACAUGCAGGAGAGUAGUAAAGAUCACUACAGAGUUCAGAAUUAUAUUGGUUAAAGUUUCCAUGUUAUUCAUCAGAGUUUAUUUUUAAAUCAUAAUUUGUUGUUUUAUUAACAAGACCUGUGCCCCUUGAGGUUUUAGCCUUUUAUUUAGCCUUAGAUUUUACUAAGCCAUAUUUAGUAGGAAUUACGAGAACUGACUUUUGAGGGCUUCUAGGUGGCAAGCCUGCAAAAUCAAUGCAGUUGUACAGAUACAAAUAUCAUUCUCUUUACACAGGUUAACAAAACAUCCCUUCAACUAACUUAAGUUUAGAUUUAGGAGUCUUUUCCUGAUAUGUUUUGUCUUGAUUUUGUGGAGGCAAUGCUAUAAAUCUGCAGGUGGGUUUAGUUUUUUAAUUUAGAAUGUUUCGGUUGCUCUUAGUAGGAUUACUGUCGUACUUAAAGGCGCAUUCUUUUGCUCUGAUGUAUUUUUAACUUUAAUCCU